GUACGCACCUCCCCCUUCUCUCCCUACCACCCAUCAUAAAAACUAAAAACAUGGGUCGAGGAAAGGCCGCCGAUGCUAAUGGCGCGAAUACCACGACAGCUGAUGAAGCUGUCCUUUUACAAUACGCGAACGCCGAUGGGCACUUCUCCCUCGUCCGCAACUUUCGCCUGGCUGAUUUAAUCACCAUCAUGAAUGGCGUCUGCGGUUCCCUGUCCAUUUUCAGUUCUGGGCACUACCUCCUCACCAAGGAUGAGGACUACCUUUGGCUGGCACUCACCCUUCCUCUGGCCGGCCUCAUGUUUGACUUUAUGGAUGGAAAAGUGGCAAGGUGGAGAAAGUCGUCGAGCAUGGUGGGACAGGAACUGGACAGUCUUGCGGACCUUAUCUCUUUUGGUGUGGCUCCGAUGGUUCUCGCGUUUGCCGUUGGCUUCCGGACCUACCUUGACACCGUGUGUCUGACUGGCUUCAUCUGCUGUGGUCUUGCUCGCCUCGCUCGCUUCAACGUUACUGCGGCCCUCGUGCCCAAGGAUUCGUCUGGGAAGGCUCGCUACUUCGAGGGUCUCCCUAUCCCAUCUUCCCUUGCCCUUGUUGGUGUGCUCGCUUAUUGGACGCGCCAAGGUUGGAUUGCAGACAAAAGUGGUAUCCCGGGCGGUUUGAUGACGCUCUGGGGAGAGUCUGGUGGCCGAGGAGAUAUUCACCCCGUUAGCUUUGUCCUUGCUCUUUGGGCUGCUGCCAUGGUGAGCAAGACCUUACGGGUCCCCAAGCCGUAGAGUUGCGUAUGCAGCACCAUUAUUGACGAUAUAUGACGGACCUUUGACAAAUUUACGAUUCACGAUUGUCUGAUUAGCCAUCUGGGUAUCUAGGGCAGCUAGGGUACAAUAUGGAAGACCUCUCGAUAAUUACGCCAAUUUAUGACGUAUUGAUGACCUUGUCCUACUUG